GGCGGCAGUUCUUCCUCCCCCCGCCUUCAGCCGGCGCCUCUGAGGCAUUCGAGGCCGGAGAAGCGAGACUGCUGCAGCAGAGCCUUUUUAGAUCGCGAGACACAGAUGGCGGCGGACAAAGGCGGAGUUGUCUUGCAGAUCAGGGAACAGAGAAACAUGAAGGAGCAGGUACCUCUUCUGGCAUUACUGAUCAAGAAAAGGAACUUUCAAACAGUGCACUGCAAGCUUUUAUGACUGGAAAUUAUGAGGCUUGUCUGCAACACCUCAGCUGCUUGCAAGACAUAAACAAAGAUGAUUACAAAAUAGUACUAAACAUGGCAGUAGCAGAGUUCUGUAAAAAUAAUCAGACAACAACGGAUAGCUUGAAACAAACACUUAUCCAACUGAAAAACCAGGUUCACUCAGCUGUCGAGGAAAUGGAUGGCUUAGAUGAUGUUGAAAACAGCAUGCUCUACUACAAUCAAGCUGUUGUUUUGUAUCACCUGCGGCAGUACACUGAAGCUAUAAUAGUUGGAGAGAAGCUUUACCAGUUCAUAGAACCUUUUGAGGAGAAGUUUGCCCAGGCAGUAUGCUUCCUGCUUAUAGACCUAUACCUGCUGACCUGCCAAGCUGAGAAAGCACUGCAUCUGCUUGCUGUACUGGAAAAAAUGAUUUCACAAGGUGGAAACAACAAAAAUGGGAAACAUGAGACAGGUAAUAAUACUGGUAAGGAAGUUUCCAAUCACAAAGCUGAAAGUGGUACCUUGACAGAAGCUGCUAAGUCUAAAAUACAUCAGUACAAGGUGCGAGCAUAUAUUCAGAUGAAGUCUUUAAAAGCAUGCAAGAGAGAGAUCAAGUCUGUUAUGAACACAGCUGGAAAUUCUGCUCCUUCUCUCUUUCUGAAAAGCAACUUUGAGUAUUUAAGAGGCAAUUAUCGGAAAGCAGUAAAGCUGUUGAACAGCUCAAACAUUGCUGAACAUCCAGGAUUUAUGAAGACAGGUGAAUGCUUACGGUGCAUGUUCUGGAAUAAUCUUGGAUGCAUCCAUUUUGCAAUGGGGAAACACAACUUAGGAAUUUUCUAUUUUAAAAAGGCUUUGCAGGAAAAUGAUAAUGCCUGUGCACAACUUGGAACAGGUGGUACAGACCCAGGCAAAAAGUUCUCAGGACGACCAAUGUGCACCUUAUUGACUAACAAACGUUAUGAGUUACUGUAUAACUGUGGCAUCCAGCUCUUACACAUUGGAAGGCCACUAGCUGCUUUUGAAUGCCUGAUAGAAGCUGUCCAGGUUUAUCACUCGAACCCUCGCCUCUGGUUAAGAAUAGCGGAAUGCUGCAUUGCUGCCAAUAAAGGAAAUUCGGAACAGGAAACAAAGGGUCUUCCAAGCAAAAAGGGCAUUGUACAAUCCAUUGUAGGUCAAGGCUAUCAUCGUAAAAUAGUCUUAGCAUCACAGUCUGUACAAAAUGUUGUUUAUAAUGAUGGUCAAUCUUCAGCUAUUCCUGUAGCCAGCAUAGAAUUUGCAGCCAUUUGCCUAAGAAAUGCCUUGCUGCUGCUUCCUGAAGAUCAGCAGGAACCAAAGCAGGAAAAUGGAUCUAAAGUUGGCAACCAGUUGGGAGGGAACAAUGAGAACAGUGAGAACGAGACAUGCAGCAGUAAAAGUCAUGAAGGAGACAAAUUUGUUCCAGCUCCACCAUCUUCUCCACUGAGGAAACAGGAAUUAGAAAAUCUAAGGUGCUCCAUACUUGCUUGCAGUGCUUAUGUGGCUUUGGCACUGGGGGAUAACCUUAUGGCUCUGAAUCAUGCAGACAAACUUCUUCAGCAGACAAAACUGUCUGGAUCCCUUAAGUUUCUUGGCCAUUUGUAUGCCGCCGAGGCUCUCAUCUCGCUAGACAGAAUCUCUGAUGCUAUUACUCACUUGAACCCUGAGAAUGUCACUGAUGUGUCCCUGGGGAUUUCUUCAAACGAGCAGGAGCAAGGAUCUGAUAAAGGAGAAAUUGAAGCUAUGGAAUCCUCUGGCAAGCAAACCCCGCAGUGUUACCCCAGUUCUGUCACUUCUGCACGAACAAUGAUGCUGUUCAACCUUGGAAGUGCUUACUGCUUGAGAAGCGAGUAUGACAAAGCUAGGAAAUGUCUGCACCAGGCUGCCUCACUGAUUCAUCCUAAAGAGAUCCCACCAGAGGCUAUCUUGCUGGCUGUAUACCUUGAACUUCAGAAUGGCAACACUCAGCUAGCACUGCAGAUCAUCAAAAGAAAUCAGCUUCUCCCUUCAGUGAAAAUGCUCUCAGAGAUGCGAAAGAAACCUGUAUUUCAGCCUGCCCACCUGGUCCAGCCCAUCCAGAUGCCAGCAUUCACCACUGUUCAGAGGAAGUGAAACUCUGCAAGGAACCACUUGGAAGUUUGUAUUUUUAAAAAAUCUGUUUUCAGGUACCUGCAAGUGUACUGGUUUGACUUUUUAAUUAAACUACAAAAUUAAAACUC